CCCUUCUCGACGCAACCUGGCCAUAGCCACCGGCCGCAAGCAAGCUUGAAGACAAACCAGAACGACUUAAAGGAACCACGCGGGACAUAUUAGGCCGGGCAUGAUCUCCGGCCUUCUCGUCGUGGACGAAGUCAUAUCCUGGGCGGCCCCAAGAUGGCGCAUCUGUGUGUUGCCGGCGGCGACUUCUCAACGCCCCCGUUCGCAGAAGCCAGCAUGGAGACCCAAGACUUCGUUUCUCCCGAGCAUCCGCCUCAGCCGCCGCCGCCAUACUCCGACGCCGCCGCAGCCUUCUUCGCCGGUCGGGCGUUCGAGGCUGGGGACGGCCGGGACUCUGUAGUGCCGUUUCUCCAGACGACCAUGCCAGUUGAAUGGCCCCAACACAUUGCGGCGGCGUCCCCCGAACAUCUACGCCAGACGAUAGCUCCAGACCAAUACUGGAGCCAGCAGCUGAGCUUGGGAGCCGCCAGCAUCGGAAUGGACAGUCUGUCGUCCGACCUGUCUCCGUUGGCUGCAGUGCCGUGGGCCCAGCCCGACGGACUCCCUGCCGUGUGCAGAUCAAGCACGCAGCUUAACCACGCGACGAACUACCCUGUCCCACCGCUCGCCGUUGACCCGACGCCGAACCUUUUCCCGCAUGCGCCGCCGCAGCUCCGCGGACCGAUCCAAAUACCGGAGCGCGGGAUGCCGUCAGCCGGCGAAUACGAGUCUGUCUUAAACAGGAAGAGACGAAGACGCCCGCACGCAGACGCGGCGGAAAGGCCGGGGAAGAGGAAAAGAGGAUGCUCACCGAUACCGACGCGAGACUCCAACGCCGAUCUCCCGCGAUACCUCCCGUCGCCCAAGCUACGACGGACCUCAAUCUCCGACCCAGGCUCCCAUUUUCCCUCCCCCGCCCACAGCGCGACUGGCUCCUCGUUCGCCGCGACCGGCGACGCUGGGUGCUACCAACUCAGCGGGAGCAGCCUGGCCAACAACUCCGACGAUGACAACUCCGACGAAGACGACGCUGAAGACGGCGACGUGCCCGCACCACCCAAAUUGAAGCAUCGCACCCGCGCCCGCGCCCGACGCGCCAGCACCAACACCACCGCCAGCACCACCAUGGCAACCCCCCACCCCGGCCCCAACCACACGGCCACCGCCACCACCACCGGCACCGCCGCCCACGCGCACACCCGCGACCGCAACCGCGACCGCAACCGCGCGGCAGCAAGCCGGUACCGCGCCAAGACGCAGGCGGCCAGCGCGCGGCUGGAGGCGGCGGAGCGCGCGGCCAGCGCGCGGCACGCGGCGCUGGCGGCGCGCGCGGGCCAGCUGCGCGACGAGGUGUUCGCGCUCAAGAGCGAGCUGCUGCGGCACGCCGGCGCGGGGUGCGGCUGUCCGCUCAUCCGCGGGUAUCUUGAGCGGGCGGCGGUGAGGGCGUGGAGGGGGUCAGUCAUUAGUGGUGGUGGUGGUGGUUGCGAAGGGAGGGAGGGAGGGGGGGAAGGGUGA